AUGUUAGUAUUCAUAGGUUUUGGAUUAUUGCUCCUGUUGCCUCAGGCAGUGUGUGAAGUUCCUAAUAGUAAAUGUCUUGCUGGUGACCCUCUCACUAUUCGUCACAAAUAUUAUCAGUUAGGAGACUUCAUUGUUGGUGCCAUCAUAUCUCAGAUCUACAUCCCUUCUGAUGGGAUAAUAUUCAAAAUUCAUCCCUCUCAAAAUCUGGGAGAUGAGCUCAUGCUAUUCACUCAUAUCUACCAACACAUCCAGGCUUUAGUAUUUGCUAUAAAGGAAAUAAAUGAAAAUCUCCUGAUCCUCCCCAACAUCACUUUGGGUUUCCUGAUCUAUAACAAUAAUUGUCGCCCAGAACUGACCUCUCAAGCUUCAUUGGAGCUUCUCUCAACACAAGGCAGAUUCAUCCCUAACUAUAGAAGUGAUUUCCAUAACAACCUGGUAGCAGUCAUUGGAGGACCUCACUCUGAUAUCUGUCAUGAUAUGUCAACCAUCCUGAGCAUCUACAAGAUUCCACAGCUCAUAUACAGCCCUUCACCAGUGAUUAAUAAGUCACCCCAGUCUGUUCUCUUACAUGAUACGUCCCCAAAUGCGACCAUUCAAUCUAUGGGAAUUCUUCAGCUGUUGCUUCAUUUCAGAUGGAUGUGGAUUGGGGUUGCAUCUGAAGAUAAUGAUGAAGGAGACAGGUUUGUGCAGAAUCUGCUUCCUAUAUUUCCCCAGUAUGGUAUCUGUUUUGACUUCAUAAAGAAGCUACCUAAAGUCACUUAUUCAACUGACAUUGGUGAAAGAGCAGAGGAGGGCUUUCAAGCAUUUAAUAAUAUUAUAAAGAGUACUGCAAGUGUUGUAGUUUUACAUGGUGCAGUUCAGUCCAUGGUCAUUUUUCAAACGCUUGUCCAAAUAUCAAUAUUUGAAGAUAUACCAGUGAAAAAGCUCUGGAUUAUGACAGCCCAGAUGGAUUUCAUGUCCAUUUCCUUCCAAUGGAAUUCUGACUUACAGUUCCUUCAUGGAGCUUUAUCUUUUGCAAGUCAUUCAACGGAGGUGGCUGGAUUCCAGAAAUUUCUUCAGAUGAAGGAUCCUACUCUAGAAAAAGAAGAUGCUUUUCUGGUGGACCUUUGGCAACAGGUAUUUAAUUGCUCAUUCUCCAGUUCUGCCAUAGAAAAUACAGACAGAAACAUCUGCAUUGGACAGGAGAAGCUGGAGACUCUUCCCAACUCUAUCUUUGAUACAAGAAUGACUGCCCACAGUUACAGCAUCUACAAUGUUAUUCAUGCUGUGGCCCAUGCUCUGCAUGACAUGCAGUCAUCCACAUUGGUGCACAGAAGAAUGAUAAGUAGAAAGAGCUGGAAGCUUCCAAACUGGCAAUCCUGGCAGCUCCACCAUUUUCUCAGAAGGGUAUCAUUUAACAAUAGUGUCGGAGAAAAGAUUUCCUUUGACCAAAAUGGAGAACUAAUCGCUGGAUUUGAUAUUAUAAACUGGGUGACUUUUAUAAACCGAUCCUUUCUCAAAGUCAAAGUUGGAGGAAUAGGCCCAGAUAAAAUGCUGACUCUUUUUGAGGAUUCCAUCACGUGGCCAAAGGUGUUUAACCAGGCACAGCCCCUUUCUGUGUGUAAUGAAGAUUGCAAUUCAGGUUAUGAAAGGACAAAGAAGGAAGGGAAGCCAUUUUGUUGUUAUGAUUGUCUUCCAUGCCCGAAAGGAAAGAUUUCAGAUCAGACAGACGUGGAUGACUGUUUUCAGUGCCCAGCAGACCAUUACGCAAACAAUGACCAGGAUGCAUGCAUUCCAAAAAAGUUAAGCUUCUUGUCUUAUAAAGAACCUUUGGGGAUCGCUUUGGCCAUUUGUGCUCUACUGUUUUCUUCCAUCACAGCUGCAGUGCUAGGAACCUUUAUAAAGUUCCACGACACACCCAUCAUCAAAGCCAACAACGAGAGCCUCUCCUACACUCUUCUAGUCUCCCUCCUCCUCUGCUUCCUUUGCACUUUUCUAUUCAUUGGCCAACCUGAGAAACUGAUAUGUCUCCUUCGACAAACUGCUUUUGGUGUCAUAUUCUCUGUGUGUGUUUCCUGUGUGUUGGCUAAAACCAUCUUGGUUGUUCUGGUUUUCAAGGCUAACAGGCCUGGGUCCAAGAUGCAGAAAUGGGUGGGAAAGGGACUGGCCAUUUCCAUUGUUCUUCUCUGUUCUUUGAUUCAGGCCACCAUUUGUACUGUGUGGCUGAUAAGUUCUCCUCCAUUCUUGGAUGUGGACAUGCAUUCAGCAACUGAAAAUAUUAUUGUGGAAUGUAACGAAGGGUCAUUGACCAUGUUUCUUUGUGUCCUGAGUUACAUGGGCUUCCUGGCCACUGUAAGCUUCACUGUGGCUUUCCUAGCCAGAAAGCUACCAGACAGUUUCCACGAAGCUAAAUCUAUUACCUUCAGCAUGCUGGUCUUCUGCAGUGUAUGGCUGUCUUUUGUUCCAGCCUACCUGAGCAUAAGGGGGAAAUACAUGGUGGCAGUAGAAAUCUUCUCUAUCUUGGCUUCCAGUGCUGGGUUACUAGUUUUUAUCUUUUUCCCCAAAUGCUACAUCAUUGUGCUAAGGCCUGAGCUUAAUAAAAAGGAGAGCUUUAAAAAGAAAAUCCACCCUGCUCUAUAG